AUGACAUCCACUACCACUUCGGACGGUGCUGCGGACCUUCUGGUCCGGGCGACAAUCCCGGCGUAUAAAUGUCCUCCGGGGACGAAGAUGCACAUUCUCGACUUGGGCAGUCUAGAGAUCGAUGAGGGAUGGCUUCUUCGAGGAGCCAAUACUAGCUCCGCGGCCAACAGGAAUCCAGAAAACAAAUACCGGGAGUUGAUUGUGAUCUCGGCACUGAUCGACUAUCCUGGUGUUGGUCUGAUCCUCUACGAAACAGGCUGUGCUGAGAAUCUCGAAGUGGCAUGGGGAGCGCCUCUAACUGAUAUUUUCCCACGAACUGAGUACACCGAAGAACAAAAACUACCGGCAGCUAUCAAAGCUGCGGGGUAUGAUAUCAAGGACGUCAAGGCGGUGAUAAUCGGCCAUCUUCACCUCGACCAUGCUGGGGGUCUCGAACACUUCAUGGACACAGAUGUACCAAUCUAUGUCCACGAAGAAGAAUUCAAACACGCAUGCUGGGCUGUUGCUACAGGAGCCGAUUUGGGUGUUUAUUUACACCACUAUAUGGACCUCCAGAAGUUGAAGUGGGUAACCUUCACGGAAGAUCAUCUCGACUUAUAUCAAGGAAUCACCCUGCACCAUUCGCCCGGGCACACCCCUGGACUCUGCAUCAUGCAAAUCAACUUGCCACAAGACGGGACCUUUAUCUGGACGACAGAUCAAUUUCACAUUGCAGAGAAUUAUGAAUUGAGCCACCCCCACGGGUGGUUGGCGCGAGACCACAAUGCUUGGAUCCGCAGCUCCAAGAUGAUCCAAAGGCUGCAGAAGGCAUUCAACGCCCAGUUGAUCUUUGGGCAUGAUAAGACAGUAGCAACCAAGUUCAAACAGGCCAAGCCGUUCUACGAAUGA